AUGUUCCGCUUUGGUGUGUCUCACCAGGAGAAUGAAGCCCCGCCCUCACCAUUGGGGAGGUCGAAGACCUCAAGCCUGAUGACGAUCAAGCGCCAGAUUACAAGAAAUCGGACGAGCUACAGCUGCGUGACCUGCAGAAGACGUAAGGUCAAGUGCGACAAAGUACACCCCGUAUGUGGAGGGUGCAGAAAGAUCAACGAGCAAUGCUCGUAUAGUCUGGACGAUGCCGCUUCGAUCCAUGCCCCUGCUAGCUUGGUCGACGGGGAGAACAACGCGGAAAUUAAGAAAAGGAAAAUAAGUCCUCCCCACGAAGCCCCAACCGCUUCCUCGUCGAUCUCCGGCUCGUCUGAUGCGGCUAGCCCAGCCCAGCUGAAAGCGAUCGAAGAGCAACUGUUUCGUCUCACCACAAUGAUUGAUGCCUUGCGGCAGGAUGCCGAUGAUGGUCUACAAUCACAGUUGCAAGAAUUGCUCAUGCCUACCACGUCCAGUUCCGACCGAAGCCCUUAUCAGCGGCGGGGCCUGAGUCUCGACAUGUUCAAGCAAAAGAUCCAAGGACCAUCCGAGGACAGCAGCGAUCUCAGCAGGCCAUUGUCAGGGAUGAAACUGAGCAACGGCGUCCAGGCUACUGAUGAUCCCCUCUGGAAUCAUAUUUCUAACGAACUUGACCAACUCAAUCAAUCGAUGCGAGAAGGGAGGGCCAGCGAAUACGUAAGUCCUGCAAGCGUUCAGGACACACGAUGCCCUCCCGGUUGCACAGAAAUCGCCCAUGGACAUGCAGUGGCAGAAAAAGAUGACUUCUGGGAGCCAACAAGUUUCCACAAAGAAGCCAGCCGAGACUUCGUCCGUUGCUGUGAUCCAGACAGCACUUGUCCGGUUUGCCAGACGAUGCCGUUUUCCAAAUCCGUCCUCCUUCAAGGCAUUCCGGUCAGAUUCUCACCCGCUAGUGCUAGACACCACCUUCUGCGGAACCUGCCCACCCGGGCACAGAGUAACGUUCUCUUCAGAUGCUGGCUUUCUGGUGUAUACCCGAUCAUGCCAAUAAUCAAUCCUGCACUGUUGCUAGAAGGGAAUGAAGCUCUUUGGACUUACCUUGAAGCCCAUCCAUCCCCCGACUCCGACUACCCUGAUCUUGAGGUCUUGGGUUUGCUAUACGCGAUCUGGUAUGCUGCUGCACUGAGUAUUUCAAGUAAGGGCCUUCAGCGUUGGUUCCCGGGCACAACGAGAGCCAAACUUGCCUCUGGCUUCCAUGACCAAGUGGUCUUCGGUCUGCAGCUGGGCUCAUUCACAAGGAAUAUAACGCUUCCGAAACUGGCCGCCCUCAUCCUUAUCACUUCCAUGCCUGUGGCCGAAGAGGACCCGAUACAGAAUAGUCUAUACAUGCAGCUUGCCGUGCGACUAGCCUCCAGUAUGGGAUUGCAUCGAGAACCUACCUUAUUUGACGUCCCCAAAUCCGAAGAAGGGACCCGCCGACGCUUAUGGUGGCAGGUUGUCCAGAUGGAUGUGUCACUUGUUGUCGCGAGUGGAUUUCCCUCCCUCAUUUCAGAGGCCUUCUGUGACACGAAUAUAAUUUGUGAAGACUCUGAUCCGGUCCUGGACGUUGAUGAACCUCAAGGUGUCCAUCCGGCUCAGGGCCAGGGAGUCCCAUCGUCAAAUGACGAGCCGGAGGAGAGAAAGAGGAUCCCGUCCCAGCGGACACUGAAGCUCGUUGGCAGGGCGAGGUCGGUCAUGGCUUGCGCCUUGCGCAGUGUUGUGUCGAUCCAUUUAGGAACCAAGAUGCUCACGAAUGUGGACAUGCAAGAAAUGAAACGUGUCAUGCAGGAGUCUGGACAAGAAGUGGAUACCAUCAUCAGCCAGAUUCCCGCCAGAGGAUUGCCUGAGCUCGGGUUUGUUCCAGAUGGAUUAAAGGAAGGACAACGCACCCUGGACUGCGACCAGAUGAUGACCAGUCCAAUCAGCCAGAAAGAAACAGCAUACUACAAGACUAAUACUUCCGAUGACGAGUUAUCAUCACCCGUAGCACGUUACUACCGGCCGAAGCUGGCGGCUUACAACAAAUGGGCCAGAAUUUCUCUCUCCAUGCUCAAAGACAAGCUUUAUUGUGUCGCCUAUGGACCGUUUCUGAAGAAUGCGAAAAGCAAACUGUGGAAUGUGGGCAGGCAAUGCGCACUCCACAAUAGUCACAGCUUUAUGAGAAAAUUUAUUUCUCUAGCUACAGACCCCGAUCUGGAGCCGUUUCGAUGGACAUGGCCUGCCAUGCAUGGACCGUUACACGCGGCCAUGAUUUCACUGGUCGACCUCUAUGAGAGGCCAGAUAGUGUUGAGGCACCAAGAUCAAGGGAGCUCAUUGAUGGUAUAUUCUCACUGUCCGCCCCGGAAUUAGGCAUUGUUGGUGGGCCCAACGGUGUCACCGCUCAGAGACCGAUGAGGGAAGGCGGUCUCGAAGCUUGGGACAUGUUACGUGCACUCCGAUCCGCGGCGUGGCAGAGAGCCGGGCUUGAUCCGACAGUUUUAUGGACUGGGCAGGAUCAACUUCAGAUCGGUCUUGCAAAACCACUUACCGGAGAGCAGAGGAUCGCUCAAAGCCUAAGAGAAGAUACUGUGUACGAAGCUCCGCAACCUUCAAAAGACAACACGGCCGAAAUCACAGCAACGGAGAAUAGUGCCCGUUACGUGGUACGGAUGGCACAGAGCGAAAUGGUCCAUCCAGAAGCACAGGAUGGUCUUCGCUGUACCCGUACUCGACGAAACCAGUUUCUCAAGGACAUUGAAAACGAAGUUCAUCGUGGCUCAAAUCGAGGACUGGUCCGGAGAGAAGGCCAACAAGCUAUGCCAUUCCCGUUGAGUGGCCGGCUCGCCCAGUGUUCACGGAACUUGGCUAGCACUGAUCUCCCCACGGAUCAUGUCCUAGAGCUGCGCAGCCAUUGCCCAAAAGCCGGAGACCACGCAUUCCACUCUUCUGAUCGUGUUGAUGGAGAUGAAACCGCACAUCAGAACGGGGGGUUGAUUUCAAGUGAAACAGAUGAUCAGGUAUCUCGGGAAGGCCUUUCGAUCUCAGAACAUCGAGCAAAUGUAGACAAAGAGUCACACAACGAGGUGAAUGGCACGAUUGAAAAUGGGCUUCCUCCCGCGAAUGGCUUGAGCAACGGCUACGGCAAUCAUUUCUCUCAUGACAAAGUAGGUGGCAAGCAAGUUGUCCAAACUGAAUUGGAUUCCGGGCUACACCAUGACAAUCUGGCCAACACUAAUGGUGAGCUUGGAUUUGACUGGGAGCGCUGGGACUCAGUGUUUGGCCAAUACUCAGGCUUCACUGACCUCAUGGAGGACGUGACGUGGACUGACUACGUCGAUGAGUGA